AUGGAACCAGAAAUCAUUGUUAAUAGGACUUUGUAUGACAUCCAUCCCUGCUUUGAGUUACAUAAUACAACUUACAAUUUUACAAGCCGACCUUCCACUAUAUGUGUAUUGGUGUAUAUGUUCCUCAGCUUAUUAUCCAUAGCUACAAUAUGUGGAAACCUUCUUGUAAUUAUCUCCAUCAUUUACUUCAAACAGCUACACACUUCUACAAACUACCUCAUUCUGUCUCUGGCUGUGGCUGAUCUGCUUGUUGGGGUUUUAGUUUUUCCUCUCAGUAUGACAUACACUGUAACCUCAUGUCACUAUCAUGAACAUAUAGUCUGCAAAAUCCGAGAUAGUUUUGAUGUUGCAUUAUGCACAUCUUCUAUACUGAAUUUGUGUUGUAUUUCUAUAGACAGAUAUUAUGCAAUUUGUCAUCCUCUAACGUAUAAAACUACAUUAACAGUUCAUGUAGGGAGGAUCAUGAUACUGGUGGUGUGGAGCAUUUCUAUUCUAAUUGGAAUAUGCAUCAUAGUUGCUGGAUUUAGCCAAGGAACAUGUGAAGAAAUGUGCUCUGUUGAUGUUGUACUGGCAAACACUAUGGGACCUGUUUUCUCAUUUUACCUACCCACAAUCAUAAUGCUGUGUAUAUACAUAAAGAUUUUCCUUGUUGCUCUGAAACAGGCAAACAGCAUCCAGAGCAUGAGGUCUGGAGCAACUGCGAGUAAGAUGGAGAGAAAGGCCACUAAAACUUUAGCUAUUGUAAUGGGCAUUUUCCUGUUAUGUAUGACUCCAUACUUUCUUUGUAUUGUGUUUCAGCCUUUAGCCUUUGAUCCUCCACCACUUCCUGUGAUCGAAACAUUAAAUUGGCUCACACUGUCAAAUUCAAUGCUCAAUCCAUUUAUUUAUGCUUUCUUCUACAGCUGGUUUAGAUCUGCUUUCAGGAUGACCAUUUCAGGGAAAAUAUUUCAAGGCGAUUUUACCAACACCGGACUCUGA